AUGUUAAUCUCUGAUAAGAUUGAGGCAAUGCAAGCCAUGAGAGGGAAUAGUCAAAAUCCCAGUACUGCAACAACACCUACAACUGAAGAUAGGUCAAGCGGUAACUGGUGGGACACAUGGCUCACAUCCGCUAAGAGUAAGUCCGCAGAAGUAUAUACAAUGGUGAAGAAAGACUUGGCUGAGAUUGGCACAGCUGUCAAGAGCGAGGCAAGCCAUGUCUUCAAUUCAACAUCAACGGCUAUAGGAGAGACUUGGAAGAUGGCUGUACCCGAACCACAGACAAAUGCUAUGAAGAAAAGUAUCAGUAGCUUUAUAGGACAAGUAAGCACUGUCUUGAACCCUGAACCUGAUGAUGAAGACGACACCGAAGUCAUUCUCUCGUCUGGUGACACCACUAUGCUCUCUACUUAUAAGAAAGAACUGGAAUCCCUCCAACGGGUUGACGCGACAUACAUAGUACCUCCAGACAGGCUCCACUUCACAGCCUGGAGAGAGAGCUUAGAGAGCGAUGACGUCAUCUCUCCCGUCGCAGCCGUCAAGAGACUGAACAACAGUCCCAUACUCAAGACCCAGUAUGAGAAAUUGGUCCCCGACGCCUGCUCACAUGAUGAGUUUUGGGAGAGGUAUCUAUUCCGAGUGGCGUUACUCCAAGACCGUCUGGCGGCCAUGUCUCGCAAAGCACCCGCAGAUUCGGUAUCUGACGAUCCGGUACUGGCUCAUUUGCCGCAAGAAAUUACACCUAUACAGACGAGUCCAAAAAAAGUUCUCUCUGGUCUAACCGAAACCCCUGACGUAGACAAUGUUGUCGCCUGGGAAGAUGAAGAUUUCGCUAAUGACGUCGAGCUGACAGAGGAGCAGCAAAUUUUACUUCUAGAGGAAUACGAAAAGGAAAUAACAUCGAAAAAACAGAAGCAAACUAAAGAUGUUGCCAAUAACAACGCAGAUACACCCAUAAAAGUUGCCACACUUAAAAAUAAAUCCCCGAAUAAAACUAAGUCCGACGAAUGUGGGAAUUUAGUUGAAGACUACUUUGGUGAUAAGGAAGUGAAUGAUGAUGCUAGCGCUAAUUCAGAUGAGAGUUGGGAAAAAGAGUUUGAAAUCGAAGAACCGACGGCCCAAAAGGCCUGA